AUGGAGCGAGUCCAAGUGCCGCCGCGGACCCGCGGCGGAGACGGAUCUCAAGGAUAUCCAUUUGUGUCUACGGAGACAGCAGCCUCGCGCAAAUCGAGAGAAGGUCAAGGAGUCCACCUAGAGGAGGCCCGGCCGGCCGCCAUACCUUUUUCGCCUCCCUCCGCUUCGGACGAGCCGUCGGUCUGUCCCUGUUGCGCCUCCGCAGCGCCCGAGGACUGGGAUCGCGCCUUGUCUCCGGGGACAGCGAACGGAGAAAGCCAGUCAGAAGCCGAGUCGGGGCUGGACGGCGAGGGGGGAAGCGAGGCGCAGUCGCACACUCUCAGGGCGAGGAAGAAGCCGGUCCGAGGACGGGCUGCAGCAGGCAGAGACGGGCGAGAGAGCGCGUUGUGCUCGAGGGAGCUUGGGGAUGACCAAGCACAAGCGCAGCAAGAGGGGCGUGUGCGCUUCCAGGACGGUGAGGGAAGCGGAGAGGAUUCGCGGCCAGCAGUGGGAGAGACGCGGUUUAUCGAAGUGCGCGACUGGAGGCCUCGACAGGAGCAAGUUCACCUGUACGAUAUUGAGGACGAUGAAGAACACGCUGGAGAGGAAGGUGGCGCACAAGAGCCUGAUGCGGACGACGACGAGGAGACACCCAAGUCGCGCUCCACAGUGCAGAUCGUGCAGCGGAAAAAAGAAGAAUGUUACUGCGUUACAGAAGUGGACUACAUUCCGCGAUUCUGGUCGACGGACUUGGUUUGCUACUUCACUAACCGACCCAAGUUCGUGCUUCUCAUCAAACGCAUCAGCUCGCCCGCCGUCACGCGGGAGGCGGCCUCGCUCGCUUUCUACAUGCACCGCGUCUUGGGUCUGACGGUCAUCGUUGAGCCCUCCGCCGCAGAGGAAAUGGCAGCUGCGACCAGCAACGCGCUGCCACUGAAAACGUGGAUCACCAAUGACCCUCGUGGCGCGUGCGGGCGCUCGCCAGCGUCUCGGCGCUCGCAGACCUCUUCGUGUUCGCUCACGUCCUUCCGAUCCGCGUGUGUGUCGCCUCCGUCGCUUCCCUUGUCGGCAUCGCCGGUCUCCGCAGCGGCACCGUCCUCCGGCUUCAAAGGCCGACAGGGGCGGCGGAGGGAGUCUUCGCCUGCGGCAGGCGUUGCCUCCUCGGGCGCGGUUCUCUCCGGGUCGCCUCCUCCCUCCUCGAAGCCCUGUCAGCGGACUCCGUCGUCGCCGUCGCCAUGCCCGUCGGCGUGUUCUGCUGCGGUCGGGGGGCGCUACGCGUCCGCGGCGUCGUCUCGCUCCUCCGUGGCAUCGUCGCCGCGGCCGCCCUUCCGCCUGUGCGACGGCGUCGACCUCGUCGUCGCGCUGGGGGGCGACGGAACGAUGCUGUGGGUGUCACGCCUGUUUGAGGAGAGCGUGCCCCCGGUGCUCGGCGUCUCCAUGGGCAGCCUGGGGUACUUAACCCGUUUCUCGCUCGACGAGGCUCGCGACCAACUCGCUGAGAUGGCCGCGAGAAAGAAAUUCUCCGUCAACCUCCGCUGCCGGCUGAAAGUGUGUUUGGUGUCGAGCGACGACGACGUGCUAGAGACGUUUGUGGCGUUCAACGAGUGCGUGAUUGACCGGGGGCACUCGUCCAACCUCUGCAGCCUGGACGUCUACUGCAACAACUGCUUCUUCACGACGGUUGCCGCCGACGGUCUGAUCCUCGCCACGCCCACGGGCUCGACGGCCUACUCCAUGUCUGCAGGCGGCUCCAUGGUGCAUCCCAAGGUCCCCUGCUUGCUCUUCACUCCGAUCUGCCCGCACUCGUUGUCGUUCCGCCCGCUGAUUCUCCCUGACUCGGUUGUGCUUCGCAUCGUCGCGCCGGACGACGCCCGCGGCUCCAUUUGGAUCGCUGUCGACGGCCGCUCGCGCACGCAGGUCAAGCGCGGGAUGUCGGUUCUCGUCUCGCUCUCAGCCUACCCUUUUCCGAUGGUUGUGCGCCGCGGCGCGUCGUGCCAAGACAUUUGGUUGGAGUCGCUCAAGAAGGGUCUCAACUGGAAUCUCCGCAUCCGGCAGGGCGCGCUCGGCGGCGACGACUGGCGAGCCGCCGGGCGCUGCGAGACGCCGCAGCGGCGGACCUGGGACGAGGCGCGCAGAGACAACGCGAGGCGCGGACGUGCAGACGCGAAGAAGCGACAACUCGAGAGCGAGACAGACGAGGAGACCCGCGACAGAGACGGGCGCAGGUGGUCGCCUGCGUCCUCGCGUGCGAAUGUGAGCGCGCGAAAUGCGUUCGCGCCGUCCUUCGCCGAGCCGCAGCGGCGGCGGCCUUCGUCGUCGUCGGCCUCCUCGCGAGAGAGUCGAGGCGCUGCUGCCCCAGGUGCUCGGCGCACGCGGGAAAACGAGUUGCAGGCUGCGCGGUCGCCGUCGCCGAGUCCCCGAGCCCCGGAGACCGGGGGGACGCGCGACCCACGGCGCAGGGCGUCGGCCUCCUCUUCGCGGCGGGAGAAUCUUUUCUCGCGCUCCAUCGCGUCUCCGCCGCCUGACUCCCCGCUUGCAGUUCUGAAAGCCCCGCGACGCACCGAUUUAGAGGCCAGUGGCGUGGAUGGGGAAGGCAGAAAUGCCCCGGCGGAGAGGCGAGAUCCGCGCGUCUCGACAGAUGCGGUGUCUACGUUCCAGGGCGCCCACCAAGAUGACGCGUCAACAGCUCGUCGUCGUGCGCACGCGCGGUCGCCUUCUUCUCCGCUGUCUGACCCCAGCGCCGCGUCGUGUUCGCCCUCGUCGCCUUUUUCGCUCCACCUCUCGUCGUCUGCCUCGGCACCGGAGCCUCGGCUGGACCCGCGACGCGCCAGAGCGGCGCGUGCGUCUUCUCUAUAUUCUUUUCCGUGUCCUUCCUCGUCCACGCCCUCCGCUUCCGCACCCUCGUCUUGCUCUCCGCUGUCUUCGGCGUCGUCAUCGGGCGAGUCUGCGCAUCCGUCUCACUUCGCCGCGGCUUCGGCCGCGCACAGCCUCUCUGCCUGCGUGGUGCGGCACCUUGGCGACGCACUCAAGCCGCUGAAUGAGGCGCUCCCCCUCUCCGGCGUGCCCACGCCCGCUCCGUCCCAUUCGUUGCAGCCGCCGCCUCCCCCGCCGAGUCGGUCGAAGCAGCUCUCGCCGGAGGUGCUUCGCGGACCGGUUCUGCGCGUGGCCUCGCUUCAGUCCUGCUCCUCGUGCAGCCCCGAAGGCGCUCUCGGCCUCUCCGCGGCUGCCUCGUUCCCCUCGGCGGCUCGCGAGCGCGGGGGGCCUGCCAGGCGGCGACGCGGCGCGGAGGAAGACGCGCGCGGAGAAGGGAGCCGGGAAGGCCGCAGGUCGCGGCGCGACGCCGGCGCGGAGAGUGCAGAGAGCGACGGGAGAAGCUUCGAAGACCGUGCGGCGGCGUCGCGCUUCUCAGACGAUCCGCGCGGCGCAGCGGAGCAGACUGUGAUAGUGUGCCCCGGCUGCUCGCGCGCCUGCCAGCGUGGCGUCGGCCUGCCCCUGUCCGAGUGGAGUCGCCACCAAGUUGAUCACCGCCGCAUUCACCGCGUGAUUUCCUACGCGGAGGACGACGCGAACGCCGAGGCGGCGCGCGAUGGCGCCCACGAGGCGGAAGACGGAAGCGAAGAAGAGCCGAACGCCCCGCGGCAGCCAGAGGCGAAGUCCCGCAGGCGUCCGGUCAGAGAGCCCCUGAGGCCUGGGGGAGACUUUGGAGCCCAGCGGGCCACGGAAGAGACAGCGCGAGCGGGAUCCGAGGCGGACGACGGUCCCGUAAGAACGAAGACGAGCCCGAAGGCACGGAGAGAGGGGCACGAAACAUCGGGCGACACAGAGACAGAACGGCGACCCCACAGUGCGCACCAGGCCCGGGCGGACGCCUGUCGUGCGGAUGACGCAAACAGGCUCACGGAUCGCGAGUUCGCCGAGAAGGCGUCUCUGUCGAGGGAGGCGAACGGUGGAUGCAGCGACUCUCAACCGCGGGAGUGCGACAGGCAUCAGGCGCGGACGCGGCGCCAUGAAGAGGCAAAAAGCCACGAAGGCGACGAGGCCCUCCCAUCGCGGGAGGCUGAGGCGCCUGUUUCUCGCGCGCGUGGGCUCGAGUCGGGAGCAGCUGCGUUCGUCGAGGAAGGCCAGGAGGAAGCCUCACGGGCGGCUUGCGCUCUCCGUCCCACGCAGUCCUCCUCUCAACCCGUGCCGGCCUGCUCACGUGACGCUGCCGUCGCAGACGGUGAGAAGACUAUUGCAGAUGCAGGAAGCCCGCAAGUGGGCGACGCUUUGGCGACGCUGGAUGACUCGGAGAGGGCGAGCGAGAGCCGCAGCGAUAGCGAAGGAGUCGCGAGCUCGAGUAGAAAUCUCGGCGAGUCGAUGAAUCAAGCAGGUGCUCUGGGGGCGUCAAGAGGGCCCAUGGACCGCCGAGAAGACGGCAGCGAAGAGUGCGAGCCUGCGCCUCAGAGGCACGCGGCCGAUGCAAAUAAAGAGGGCGCGACGGCAGCCGCGCCGCCCGGAGGAGAUGGCAGUGUGUUGGAGAAAGCGGACACGCAGCAGGAUGCAGCUGAGGCUCAGGACGACGGGUUCACUGUUUCGCGAGGAGAAAACGACGAGGCGCGGGAGCCUGGCGGUCGCGCGUCCACAGGCGUUUGUGCAGGUUGUCGGAGGCGAGUGAGCGACCCAUCUGCGCAGGAAGGAGUCCCGCCGUUAGUCCUCUCUCCGGCGACGUGCUCGCCGACCUGCUCGGUCUCCCCGUGUUCGUUGAUUUCUGUGUCGUCGCCUUUAGCGCACCGAAAAGUCGGCGCCGUGAUCUCGCGGCGAGCGGCUGACCCCUGCGCGGUGUCGGGGUGUUGCUUCCGCUCCGUAGGGCUUCCCUCUCGCGAGGAUGGCGACGCGAGCGUGAAGGAGUCCGGCGCCGCGCCCAGUCUGGCGGCCGAGACGCUUGGCGGGAGCGCCCAAGAGUCUCCCUGUCUCCUCGGCGCCUCGCGGUCGCCCUCUCCACGGCGUCAGCGACGUAUCGCCGCCUCCUCGUCGUCGCCUGCACCUACGGGAUCGGUCUCCGCUCUGUGCAGCGUCAGCUGCGCCGCGUUGCGGUCUGUCUCCACCUCGCCUCCCUCUGGCGCAACGACGCGAGAGCGCCCUGCGCCAGACGGGGUCGCGGCGGCCGACGCAGGCGCUCCAGAGCCCAGGGGCGACGGGAAGGAAGCGCCAGCGUGUGGCGACCGGCUCCGGUGCCGGCGCCGCCCCCCGACGGGAGAUUCUACAGAGGCAGAAGCCCUGUCGCCGCGUUUCGCGUGGCGGGGUUUGAACCCGGGGCGGCUAGCGGGCUCGGCCGCUCCACUCGGCAGCGCCCCGUCGCCCAGGCCCGUGGGGCGCGAUCGCCUUCCCGACUUCGCCAGCGGCCCUUCCGGCGACAGCGAGCCCGACGCGUGGAGCGGGCUGCAGCGGUGGCAUCGCUCGCUGUCCGCCUCUGUGCCAGCUUCCCCGUCUGAGGGCCUGGGCGAGCCCAAGGCGAGGCACCCGCGCCGCAGCGUGCCACACGACGCGGGCGCCGCCGCUGCGCUGGCGAACGCGCUGCGCACCACCGGCACCAGCUUAGCGCGUCCCCGCGGCUGUCCCCUGGAAGCCGCGUGCCGGUCCGCGCCGCCCUCGCCCGCCGCGGGGGUCGCUGGCGGCUCGUUCUUCUGUCGUCUGGGCUCGCCGCAGGGCGCGGAAGGGGGGGCGCGCGAGCGGCGACCGGGUGUCAAGGCGAAGCCGCCGCGCGACCCCCGUCUGUUUUCGAACUCCGCUUGCGCGUCGUUCUCCCCGGCUGCGCGUCCUCGCUUUGCCUCGGCGGCGGCCGCGGUGAACCCAGCACGACGGGGCGAGCGAGGCGGCGCGGGCGCUGCUAGUCGCCCAGCGUCUGCGCUGCCGCGCUGCGCGUUCAGCACCGGCGCCAUGUUAGCCUUGCUGGCGGGCGGCCGCAGCGAGGAGGGCGCGACGGUCUGCAGAGCUGCAGGAAGCUGGCGUAGACAGGGCGACCGGGAGGGCAGAGGAGACGGGGGGCAGAGGCUGCGGACGAGCCGAAGCAGCGGUGAAGUCCGCGCGGGCUGUGGCGUCUUGCCGAACGGCGCAGGGGCGGCCGGGGCGCAGUCUUCGGUGUUCAUGCUGCCCACAGACGAGUGCACGACGAUGGUGCGGCUGGUGUCGCGCUCUGCGCGGAAUUCCUCGGAGUUUUUCCGCGACGUGCAAGACUUGAGUUCUUCGUCCUCUUCUGCGUCAGUCUCCCCGACAAAGCCUGCGGCAGCGAGCCCGCUGCCUUGCUGGACCACCCCCCGAGGCGUCGCUGGCGCUUCGGCGAGAUCGCGGAGACAGACCCCAGAGGACAGCGGCGUCUCCUCGCCGGUGCACACUUCCAAGUACUCGAGUCGGAAGGAGUCGCGGCGCGGCGAAGCUCUGCGGUUGGAGUAA